GUUUAAAAAUGGCGACGUACAUGUAAAUCCUUGUACCCUUUCCUAACUGGCAGCGUUAUUUCUCCGAAAUCAUUUUGUCUGUCGUGUCUGGACCGGAGAGUAACGAUGUUUCACUUCGUGCGCUGCAGUCGGCUGACGCGCGGCUCGGACCGACUACUGCGAGCACGAAAUAACGUUAUUAAGUCAAGAGAGCUGCUGCUCCAGCACAGCCGAUGUGAACAGCACUCACUUCAAUGGGCCAAGGCUCCAGUCUCUCAGUCCACAAGCAGCACAGUCAUACGACUGUGGGGUCAAGCACACAAAGUGUUGAGACUGGCUGUCCAACGACACCCUAAAGUGUCCCCAAAAGUGGCUCUGACGUUGCUGGUGGGGCCGGCUACAUUAACAGUCACUGCACGACUGUUGGGUGGUGUAGCUUACUGUCACGCUGAUUUCAACAAUAACCUUUCUGCUGAGGUCCAAGUGAAGGAGAAGGGGCCGGAAUUCAGCUGGGCUGUCCUCUGGGAGUUUGUCCGGCCACAGCUCCUUGCCCUCAUAGGGGCCAUUAUUCUUGCAUUUGGCGCAGCGGCUCUGAACAUCCAGAUCCCACUGAUGCUGGGCGAAUUGGUGAACGUUGUAGCUCAACACUUGAGGGAACAUGCUGGAAAUUACAUGAGGGAUAUUCGAGCGCCUGCAUUCAAGCUGCUGGGCCUGUAUUGUCUACAGGGUCUGCUGACCAGUGGGUACAUCAUCCUCCUGUCCAGAGUUGGUGAGAGAGUGGCUGCUGACAUGAGAAAAACUCUCUUCACAUCAUUGCUAAGACAAGAUGUUGCAUUCUUUGAUGCCAAUAAGACGGGGCAGCUAGUUAACCGCCUCACUGCUGACAUUCAGGAGUUCAAAUCCUCCUUCAAGCUGGUGAUCUCUCAGGGUUUGAGGAGCAUUACGCAGACGAUUGGCUGCUUUGUCUCUCUGUAUGUCAUCUCUCCGAAGUUGACCGGUUUGACAGUGGUGGUGCUGCCGUGCCUUGUGGGUGCAGGCGCUCUUAUCGGCUCCUUUCUGCGCAGACUUUCACGAAAAGCCCAGGAGCAGAUUUCUAAAGCUACAGGAGUGGCAGAUGAGGCCCUUGGCAAUGUCCGAACAGUAAGAGCCUUUGCCAUGGAGGACAGAGAACUGGAGAUGUAUGCCACAGAGGUGGAGAAGUCUGCUGUGAUGAAUGAAGCUUUAGGGACAGGAAUCGCGGUGUUCCAGGGCCUGUCGAACAUCGUAUUAAACUGCAUAGUCCUAGGCACUAUUUUUGCUGGUGGGUCCUUGAUGGCACAUAACGACAUGUCUCCAGGUGACCUAAUGUCAUUUUUAGUUGCGUCCCAAACAGUUCAAAGAUCCUUGGCCAGCAUCUCAAUUCUCUUUGGGCAGAUGGUGAGAGGCAUUAGUGCAGGAGCUCGUGUUUUUGAGUAUCUGGCACUUGAACCAACCAUUCCUCUGAUGGGAGGGGGUCGUAUCCCUCACAAGUCUUUGACUGGACGAGUGGAUUUCAUGAACAUCAACUUCAGCUACCCAACACGCCCAGGUAAUCAGAUCCUGAAGAACUUCAACCUGACUCUACCUCCAUGCAAAACUGUCGCUAUAGUUGGAGAAUCUGGUGGAGGUAAAUCCACUGUGGCAGCACUGCUGGAACGGUUCUAUGACCCAAGCGGUGGAGUGAUAAUGUUGGAUGGCCUAGACAUCAGAACACUGGACCCCUCUUGGCUAAGAGGACAUGUGAUUGGAUUCAUUAGUCAGGAGCCUGUGCUGUUUGGCACUUCAGUGUUGGAGAAUAUCCGCUUUGGAAAGCCUGGUGCCACAGAUGCAGAGGUGGUGGCUGCUGCCAAACAGGCCAAUGCUCACACCUUCAUCACAGGCUUUCCAGAUGGCUACAACACUGUGGUGGGUGAGCGUGGUGUGACUCUGUCAGGCGGUCAAAAGCAGAGGAUUGCCAUUGCUCGCGCCCUCAUUAAAAACCCAAGUAUCCUGAUCCUGGAUGAGGCCACGAGCGCGCUUGAUGCUGAGUCGGAACGCGUGGUCCAGGAAGCACUGGACAGAGCCACCACAGGACGCACCGUCCUCAUUAUUGCUCACCGCCUCAGUACCAUCCAGGGGGCUGACCUCAUCUGCGUCAUGAGCAAUGGCAAAGUGGUGGAGGCUGGAACACACCUGGAAUUACUGAGUAAAUGCGGUCUGUAUGCUGAGCUAAUAAGAAGACAAAGAUCUAAUGGCCAACAGUGAAUCAAUGACCAGGUAGAAGAGCUAUGGAGUCCAAAGCACCAUUACUGUGGUUUUGUUUAAUGUUUACUGGAUGUAAAUGAUAUCUUAAAAUUACAUUUGACUUUAAACUCUGUUUGUAUACCAUUUGUUAACAGGGUGCUUCACACCACUUGUAGAUCGAUGCUUUGUAAAAAUAUGAACUCAGGAUUGGAUUAGGCUUGUGUUCGGAAUGGACGUUAUUGCUAAGCAUUACAGAGUAUAUUGUCUCCAGACUGCAGGUAUUUUAACAAAUAUAUUUUAUACAGUUUUUGAAUUGAAAUGUAGUGUUUCCUUACACAUGUAUGUACAUCACUGUACAGUAAUUAUUAAGUGUAUGAAUGUUUUACUGUGAUACAAAGAAUUUGUGAAUGACCGUACAAAGGAGUCGACAUGUACAUUUGAUGUAACCGGAGUACUAGGAAUAAAUAAAUUCAUUUAUUACUCAUGUCUGUCAUGUAAAUGUAUAUAGAUGUAAUAUAAUAUUAAAUAGCAAAAAUACUUUUAUAGAAAUCUGUACAUUGUAUUACUAUUCACAUACACUCACAGAGCUCUUUAUUAGGAACACCUAACUUGUAUCUACACUCACUUUCCAUUUUAUCAGUUCCACUCACCAUAUCGGUGUAGUCCAUCUGUUUAUUUGCAUAAUUUGAUAUCCCACCUUAACCCCAUUCAUCAAUGGUCAGGACCACCACAGAACAGGUAUUACUUGAGUAGUGGAUCAUGGGUCAUAGUCGUGUAUUAGUAGGUGUUGUGCUGGUAUAAGUGGAUCAGACACAGCAAUGCUGCUGGAGUUUUUUAACACCUCAGUGUCACUACUAGACUGAGAAUAGUCCACCAACCAAAAUAUUCAGCCAGUAAUGUUCUGUGAGCAGUAACCUGUGACCACUGAUGAAGAAUUAGAGGAUGACUAAUACGAACUGUGCUACAACAGAUUAACUAUUGUCUCUGAUUUUAAAUCUACCUGGUGGACUAACAAGGUAGGAGUGUGUCUAAUAGAGUGGACAGUGAGAGGACACCGUGUUUAAUAACUCCAGCAGCACUGCUGUGCCUGAUCCACUCGUACCAGCGCAGCACACACUAACACACCACCACCAAGACAUCAGUGUCACUGCGGUGCUGAGAGUGAUCCACCACCCAAAUACUUGCUCCGUGGCAGUCCUGUGGGGGUCUAGACCAUUGAGAGGGGGCUAAUAAAGUAUGCAGAAAAACAGAUGGACUACAGUAUGUAAUUGUAAACUAUAAAGUGCUCUUAUAUGGUGAGUGGAGCAGAUAAAACAGACAAUGAGUGUAGAUACAAAGUAGGUGUUCCUAGUAAUGUGCUCAAUGAGUGUAUGUGCUAUUUGCCACAAACCUAUGUAAAGGAACAACGUGAUACUAAUCAGUGCAAUAAACUACUGGCACAGUU